AUGGCCAGGUUAAGUCAGCACCUGCGCGAGCUGCAGGGACCUCUGCUCCCGCCCAAGGACCUGGUGGAGUUGGACGAGGACUAUCUAAAGGAGGAUGUGGAGGAGGACGAAGACCCAGUGUUUGUGGACGCCGAGGAACUCUGCAGCGGAGGCGUAAAGGCUGGCAACCUCCCUGGGCAACUCCGCAUUUUUAUUUCUGACGAAAACACUCAAGAGCUAUGUGAAGUGUUUGGACGUUUUCCAAUAACGGGUCCUUGGUGGCGAGUGAAGGUACAAGCAAAGCCUGUGGGAUCAAGCAGCUAUCAUGUUCAAGGAUUUCCAUCUUACUUUUUACAGUCUGAUAUGUCACCACCAAAUCAAAAACAUAUCUGUGCGCUCUUUCUUAAAGAGUGUCAGGUUUCCUGUGAUGUUAUAAAUAAAUUUUUAGCAUGGGUAAAUGAAGUAUCAAGCUAUAAAGACUUAAACUUUGAAACUCUUAGGGAAACAUUUAGAACUUUCCAAAUGAAAAAUGCAAGGAAACAUCAAAAACAAUCUACACCGAAGGUACAGGAAGAAUUGCUACCAGAUCAUGAGAUGAGUCUUCCUCUGGAAAACACAAUUGCAUUUAUAAGUGUAAUGACGGCUUUGCAGUUUCCAAAAAUAAUGGAAUUCCUUCCGGUUCUUCUGCCUCGACACUUUAAACGGAUCCUAAGCUCUGGUUCUAAAGAGGUGUUGGAAAAGAUAGAAGAGAUUUUAGGUACACAUCCAUGGAAACUUGGAUUUAGUAAAAUUACCUACAGGGAAUUGAAGCUUUUGCGAUGUGAGGCAAGUUGGCUCGCCUUCUGCCAGUGCCGGUCUCUCCUCCAGCUGAUGACCGAUUUGGAGAAGAAUGCAUUACUAAUAUAUUCGACACUGAAGCGGAUAUGCAGAGAACAUGGGCACACAUGUGUUGAAGAAGCUGACUUAACUUCAACAUUGUCAGAGCAUAUGUCAUUUCAUGAGGUUUGGGAGUCUCUGAAGUUUUUGAAGGAUAUUGGCAUGGUGACAUACGAGAAGGCCUGUGUCUUUCCUUAUGACCUUUACCAGGCUGAAAGAGGCAUUGCCUCUUCAAUAUGUGACCUGAUGACGAGACCUCCAUGGCAUUUACAUGUUGAUGUCAGAAAGGUGCUUGCAUCUAUUCACACCAUGAAACCUGAGAAUUCAAGAAGCGAUGAUGCAUUGACGGAAAGUAAACCUGAUGAAACAAGAUUAGAAAAUUCUGUGGGUGUUGUGGACACACAAGACAGUGGUGACCAUAUUUGGGAUAAUGUUGAAAAUGAAAUUAAUGCAGAAAUAAGUGAAGCUCAACUGGAUCAGGAUCAGGUGGCUGCUUUGGAAAUGAUUUGCUCCAGUGCUGUGACGGUCAUAAGUGGGAAAGGUGGCUGUGGGAAGACCACAAUUGUUAGCCAUCUUUUUAAGCAUAUAGAGCUGUUGGAAGAAAGUGAAGUAAAAAAAGCUUGUGAAGAUUUUGAACAAGACCAGGAUGUCCCAGAAGAAUGGAUUACCUUUACCGAGCAAAGUCAACUGGAGGCGGACAAGGUCAUAGAAGUUCUGCUCACAGCACCUACAGGGAAAGCAGCUGGCUUACUGAGACAGAAGACUGGUCUGCAUGCUUAUACACUAUGUCAGGUCAAUUAUAGCUUCUAUUUAUGGAAGAAAAAAAUGAUGACUAAGGGCAAGCCAUGGAAAUUUUCUUCGGUUAGAGUUCUGGUUGUAGAUGAAGGGAGUUUGGUUUCUGUAGGAAUCUUCAAAUCAGUGUUAAAUUUAUUGUGUGAGCACUCCAAACUUUCUAAGCUUAUUAUCCUUG